AUGGGUCGCACAGAUAGACGGUUCUCGCCCACUCCAGAUUACGAAUCGCCAAGCGCGAAGCUCCGAGUCGAGAAUUUACAUUACGACCUCACGGAGGAUGACUUAGACGACCUUUUUAAUAGAAUUGGACCAGUAAUAUCAUUAUCACUAAUUUACGACCGAGCUGGUAGGUCUGAGGGUAUUGCAUAUGUCACCUACGAGUCUCCAUAUGAUGCAAAGAAGGCUAUCCAGGAAUUCGAUGGCGCAAACGCAAAGGGCCAGCCAAUACGUUUGAUAUCUAUUCCAUCCGGCCCAAGUAGACGUCGGAAUCCACCACCGGGUCGAUCCCUAUUCGAACGCAUCACUCCUGUCAACCAGCAUUCAAAAACUACAUCCAACUUUUCUAGAGUCAAUCAAGAUCGCUCAACGUCACAAGUAACUGAAGGUUACCCAUCUGGAAAGCAGAGUUACACUAGUAGCCCUCGACCCCCCAGAAAUGAGGGGCACAGACCUGGUAUGCGAAAAGAUAGAGGCGAAAGACUCGGAAUGGGUAGUGGUCGAGAUCGAUUAGCCAGAGACGGUCGUCCUAAAAAAACACAGGAAGAACUUGACGCGGAAAUGGAAGAUUAUUGGGGUGCUAAUAAUAAUGCUUCAACGGAUUUAAAUGCCCCUGGCUCAGCAUCUAUCACCGCAGACGACCAAAUGAUAGAGUAA